AUGGCGCCCGACUCGAAUUCCCCAUCCUACUACUCUGUCCCCUACAGUGCCCGGCGAGUAUUCCAGCAAGGCAUCCUCGAGAAUGCGAAUAUCAAUAAAUACCUGCCGCUUGAAGUGCUGGACUUUGCGAGUCAAAUCACCUUCUCUGGAGACGCAGAGCCCAGUAUUCCAGUCAACUGGCGGUUUGCCGAGUCCGCAGCUGCCCUCAAGGCUUUUGAAGCAACUUUGAUCGCUGCUUUAAUGAAGCGAAAAUGCAAUCUACCCUUUCAAGGGGCGACUAUUGAUACCGUCCAUGCUCAGCUCUUUCUCAUGUCAUGUUUUCUCUGGGAAAUCAACCCGGGGUCUGAACAUCCGAUUUCCCUAACCAAAAACCCCAAAAAUCAUUGGACAAAUUAA